CGAUUUAUUAAUUUCGGUAAUUUUCUCAUUUCCUUUCGUUCCCCUUCCUCCUCUCUCUCUCGAAAAAAAACUCAACCUUCAUUCUUUCCAAGCUCAACUUCCGAACGAAACCCUAACAAUUCAGACGCACAGAGAGAGAGUAAACCAGUUGAGCAAGCAACCCAGUUGUAUAUGGCGUGCGAGUCGUUGCGUUGAAUCGGCGAAAGAGGAUCUGAGUGGUCGGCGAUAAUUGAUAUUGGGUAUUGACUUGGUCUGAUGGGUGCUGCGGGCUCCAAACUCGAGAAGGCUCUCGGCGACCAGUUCCCCGAAGGCGAGCGAUAUUUCGGCCUCGAGAAUUUCGGGAACACUUGCUAUUGUAACAGCGUUUUGCAGGCACUUUAUUUUUGUGUUCCAUUUCGCGAACAAUUGCUUGAAUAUUAUUCCAGCAACAAAAGUACUGGGGAUGCAGAAGAAAAUCUCUUGACAUGCUUAGCGGACUUGUUUACACAGAUAAGUUCCCAGAAGAAGAAAACAGGUGUCAUUGCUCCAAAGCGUUUUGUUCAGAGAUUGAAGAAACAAAAUGAGCUUUUCCGUAGCUAUAUGCACCAGGUAUGUCUUUCCUUCUAACUACCAAAAUGUGCUUUUUCCUUUGUUAUGAAAUUUUUCUAGAAAUUUAUGUCCGAACAUUAAAAGAUUUAUUUGAAUAAUUGUAAAACAAUAUUAUUAAGGAUUUUAAUUUGAAAAAGUAUCACCAUCAUCUGUUGAAAGCUUGAGAACAAGCCUUAUGGGAUGAGUAAUGCUAGUGUAUCCAUGGUGAGGGCUACCAUUUGUCCGUUAAACUGUGAUUGUGUGUA